AUGAACCCCCUCGCCUCCUUGACAGUGUUUGCUCGCAGGCAGUCGGCAGACUCCGGUGCUGACUCCGAUGCGUACGAUGCGCCUCUUGUGGAGAAGCGCGCCGAGUCACAGUCUGGCGGGCCAUACGUGCUUGGAUGCUUGCCGUUUUUCGUGGUGGACAUCUUGAAGAUGAAGGACGCAGAGAAGAAUUGUCCGCGUUCACAUUGCACCGGUCCCGUCAUCAAGCUAGCAAUGUGGUGCCCGCUCGUGCACUCAUUUGUGAUGUUCUGUUUCAUGGGGGUGGGUCUCCUGCACAUGUCGUGCCAGAACAAGAACGGGGGACCACUUAGCAAGCCCAAGAUUUCGUAUCCACCAUGGUGGUUCUUGCCGGCCGGGGCCAGCUGCAUCGCCCUGAUGUUGCUCGAGGUGUACAUCGCGAAGUAUUCGAGCAUCUCGUACACCGACAAAGCCAGCAAGCAGUUUGCAAAAAAACACGAGAACGAGAAGCGCCCAAUAGGGCUUAGCCACUGCCCAGAUUGCCGCAUCCAAAAGGAAUCGACGCCAGGAGGCCCGUUGUCUGAUCCCGAGGCCGAAGGUGUACUUGAGUGCCGCCACUGCGGGAAAGCGUUAAAGCAGGGCCGUCUCCCAGUAGGAUGGCCAUGCAUGCCCGUCACUGUGAUCGACGCCUUGCUGUCCCGCUGCUGCUUCUCUGGAGUCUCAAAUGAGAAACAUAUUCCCAUACUGCUGCUCGACCAGGAGAGCCAUCGUAACACCGACUGGAUUCGGCUCGAAAUUCUGGUCAGAACGCACCCUGGGGGAGGUCCGCCAAGUAGCAGUAUCGGUAUCUUCUCGUUUCUCCAGGAGUCC